AUGCCGAAGAAAAAAGGAGGCUCUGGGAGCCUGGGCUCGUCUUUAAUCCGCCAUAGAUUUAACCGCGGCUCGGAGUUUCAGAACGCCGACGAGGGCCGACGCCACGUCAUCGCCGCAGCGGAAGCAGCGGCGAAACCGGCGCUGGUGUCGGUGGUGGAUCAGAGCGACCUGGAGGAGCUGCUGACGACUGCUGAGCUGGCAGGGCGGGAGUUUGCCGCCCAAAGAGGCAACGCCGAGAUCAUCUAUCUUGAUGGGCAGGAUGUGGGAGCACAGAGGAGAGGCGGAAGCAGCAGCGAGCGCAGGGAGCAGGAGGAACUUCACAGAAAGCUUCUUACCAUCCCGAGGAGGCCCAAGUGGAGUGCGAGAAUGACGUCAGCAGAACUGGACGCUAGUGAGAAGGCGGCUUUUUUGGAGUGGAGGCGUUCACUCUCGGCCCGCAGAGAGGAGGGUUUGCUGAGCCGCACGCUGCUGCUGCUGAACAAGGCGGAUCUGCUGCCUGCUGGUGUGCGGCGGCUGUGGGCAGAGUGGCUGAAAGGGCAGGGCGUUGAGUUUGCUUUCUGGUCUGCUAAGGCCGCUGCUGAGGGGGUGGAUGGGGGGGAGGAAGAGGAGGAGGAGGAUGAGGAGGAAGGGGAAGAGGAGGAGGGAGAGGAGGGGGAGGAGGAUGAGAGUGAGGGUGAGUGGGAGGAGGCAGAGGACGGGGAGGGGGAGGAUGAGGAGGAGGAGGAGGCUGGGGAGGGGGAGGGUGGGGAAGCAGGCGAAGGCAGUGAGAAGGACCAAGAGGGAGUUGGGAGUGUUGAGGGGAAGGAUGGGGUAAGCAGGGGAAGAAACGCCUCAAGCAGUGGCAGCGCCACUGCUGGUGCUGCUGGGGCAGGGCUGGGAGGCGGAGGGGGGAGGAGGCAGCAGCAACCGGCGAAGGCAGAGCAUAAGAAGCAGAAGAAGCAAGCGAGAAGCAAGAAGAGGGAGUGGAGGGUGGGCCGGGGGGGAGGGGAUGGGGAGGAGGGGGCAGUGAUCACUGUGAGAGGGGUGGUCAAGCCGUUGAGCCAUGGGGCAGUGAAGCCAGGGAUGGUGCUGCCUGGUGUCAAACACUUGGUGCAGUGA